AACAACAGAAUUGUCACGAGAUAAUUAAGUUCUCAGAAUAAACAAACCAUUCUAAAUAAACGAUUUCACAUUAUCACGUGAGUACCUACUCUUGUGGUUAGUUUACGCUUAAAUUUAGUCGUAGUCUACCAUGUCCGCAGAUAGAUACCAGUUAUGGGGUGGCUGUUUCGAGGAGGAGCCAUCAGCAGUUCUGCGUCGGCUGAACGAUUCCUUGAGCGUCGACAGCCGGCUCUAUCGCGAAGACAUCCGCGGUAGCCAGUGCUGGGCCCGGGAGUUGCACCGCAGCGGUCUACUGUCCCACGAGGACCACCAGGCCAUACAAGAAGGACUCGCGAAGGUAGAAAAGGAAAUAGAGGAAGAGCUGACUAAACACGGGUGCCUAAAUGACCCCGAAGAAGACAUCCACUCGGCGGUGGAGCGAAGACUGCACGCGCACGCGGGCGAUGCCGCGCUGCGCCUGCACACCGCGCGCAGCCGCAACGACCAGUCAGCUACCGAUACCAGGCUGUGGAUGAUGGCCUCUAUGCAACGACUGCACAGCAGCCUUUUAGAGCUUAUUACGGUUCUUGUAAAAAGAGCACAAAAAGAAAUAGACAUCAUUGCACCGGGUUACACCCAUUUACAGCGCGCACAACCAAUACGCUGGAGUCAUUUUCUUCUAAGUCACACCUGGCCACUGCAUGAUGACGUGGCGAGAUUAGAGGAGCAAAGGAGCCGUUUAUCCCGCUCUCCCCUCGGCAGCGGAGCAAUAGCGGGGUGUGCCUUCCCCAUCGACCGAGCUAGAUUAGCAAAAGACUUGGGAUUUGAGGAUAUCACACCCAAUUCCAUGUUUGCUGUCAGUUCCAGGGAUCAUAUUGUGGAAUUUCUGAAUUGGGCAUCAUUGUGUAGCUUGCAUCUUAGCAGGCUUGCUGAGGAUUUAAUCAUUUACAGUUCCCAAGAGUUCAGUUUCGUCCGGUUCUCUGAUCAGUUCUCUACCGGAUCGAGUUUAAUGCCACAGAAAAGGAACCCUGAUGGUCUAGAACUUGUGCGAGGAGCGGCAGGCCUGAUGUUAGGCGUUUCAAUGGCUUUCAGCUGCGUUCUGAAAGGCCUGCCAAGUACUUACAACAAGGACCUGCAGUCUGAUAAAGAGCUGCUGUUCAGGUCUUACGACAAGCUACAGGAUUGUUUAAAGGUCGUGACUGGGUCCAUUGACACGAUGGAGGUGAACGCCGAUAAGGCACUCGCCGCGCUCGAACCAGGCAUGCUAGCGACAGACCUGGCCCACGCACUGGUCCGCAGCGGAGUGCCGUUCCGCCGCGCGCACCAUCUUGUAGGCGCCGCGCUGCGACGCGCCGCGGCCCUCCACCUCGACUUGCGGACCAUGCCGUACUGCGAAUACGUCGCGAUUUGUCCAGAAUUUGGCACGGAAGAAGAGCUGCGGGCUGUGUUUUCCUGGGAAGCGAGCGUGGAACAAUACACCAGCGCCGGAGGCACAUCGCGUGCCGCUGUGCAGAAGCAACUGGAUGACUUAGCAAUCUGGAUUAAACAGAACCAAACUGUAUCAUGCACCACUAAAAAGAAAAUUUAAAAUGAAGUACGAAUAUUUAAUGAAUAAAUGUAUUAU